AUCUUUAUCACGCCUAUCCGUUUUGUUUCUCUCUUCUUGUUGGCGCUUUUGGAGUCAUUUUUCUUCAAAUUAAAUUAGAAAAUAAUAAAAAAAUAAAUAAAAAUUGAAUUCAAUUCCAAUAAUUAAAUCAAAUGUCAACAGCAAAGGUGCCAACCGAAGCAAAGGAUGCUGCUCCGGUCGAUGAUGUCUGGGAUGACACGCUUUUGAUUAAAGCUUACGAUGACUCUGUUAAGCUGGCUAGGGAAGAAUUGGCGCGUCGUAUUUCGUUAUCCACUAGUAAGAAAAGUGAUGUCAAUGAUACAAGUGAAGGUAAAAAAUCCAAGUCUAGUGGAAGCGGUGGUGCUGCUGGCGGAACACUUGAGAAUAUUGCAUCCCAUGCAGAAUAUAAAGUAGGUGAUUAUGUGCGUGCCACCUAUGAGGAUGGCAUUGAUUAUGAGGCGAAAAUAAUUUCAAUCGAAAAGGAGGCAGGAACAUGCCUACUAAAAUACAUUGGCUACGACAAUGUACAGGAGGUGGCACUGUGCGAUGUUAUAGCUUCGUGGGGUAAAAAAUAUCGACGCCUACAAUUUGCCAAAGCAAAACUGGAAGCCGAGACUGCAGCAGAUGAUGCUGUCAAUACUUGCCCAAGUACUAGUGGCAAAACCUCCAAGAAAAUUAAAACCAAAUUAAGUAAAUCCUCGAUGCCUCCACCGCCUCCAAUACCUCCGAUGUUGACUGCAUCACACAAUGCCGAAGACUCAGAACAUCUAUCGGCAAUGUUGAUGUCCUGGUAUAUGAGUGGUUAUUACACGGGUGUAUAUCAAGGCAUGCAAAUGGCCAAAUCAAAGACAAAGAAGUGAACUUGUUGUAAAGUUUAUGACACAAAUGAAGAAUAUCAGCGUAAUUUCUUUAUUUUCACCAUAUGGAUUAUUAGUUUUUAAUUUUAAUUAUUAGCUGGACUUAAACGAAAUAAAAUUGAAUUACAAAUACAAA